UCUGCCAGUCCGUACAUAUUUCAGUCGUCCUUCUGCUGCUGGCAGGAAUAAUGCAAUGUAAGCAGCACAUCUCAAUCACAUCAUCACUCAUUCCAGGCAGAGUGUGUAGUUUUAUUUAUAUAAAAAGUGCUGCUGCUGCCCAACUUUACGAAAUAAUAAUAUAUGCAAUACAAUCAGAGGCAGAUGGACGAAUUACAUAUUUUAAGACAAUUUUGAUACCAUUCUCGAAUUAGCAAGUAAUAAAUAAUUAAAUAAAUAACAAUAACCUGCUCAACGACAAGACAACCUUCUGUCAUCUGUAGGACGACGAGCUGGCUGGCUGACAAAAGAAGGAAAGACAUACAAAAAAGUAGAUUAACAAGUUUAUUGGAAAGUUUUUGGUUUGGAUUUGUGGGUGUGACUUGAAGUACAGCUGAUUGAUUUUUGUGGGGACAAUAUUUUUUUUGUAACAUGUCGACAGACGCAUGUACCGAGGAGAUGGAGACGCUCAGUGCUAUAUUUCUUAAUGAGAUUGAAAUCAAUGACGAAACUCCGGAAGGAGAGAUACAAAUUUCCAUGAUUUUGUACCCUGCCACAGCUGACGAUGAAGAAUCGCGUUAUGUGACAUUAACGCUGGAACUCAUACUUCCACAAAGCUAUCCAAAGUGUCCACCAAAAAUCCUGUUUCGCAAUCCACGAGGGCUCAACGAUUCCAUGUUGGACGACUUGAUGAAGACUAUGAAGGCACGUUGUGAGGACAGAUUGGAAUCUCAAAUGAUUUACGAGCUGGUCGACAUGUGCAAAGAAUUUCUUACCAAGAACAAUCGUCCUGCAUCAGAAUGUCCGAUUUGUCUCUUUUCCUUCACCGAAUUCGAUGUGUUCUACAGGACGAGAUGCUUCCACCACUUCCAUUCACAAUGUUUGGGAAGUUAUCUCAAAAAUUUGGCUGCGACGUUUAAAGAAACGGAUAAUGUCCUGAAAGAAAAGCAAGAUUUGACUUGCCCAGUUUGUCGUGAAUGUUUACAAGAUGACAUAAAUAUUGAAAAACUCAUCGAAUCCCCACCACCCUCUGAAGAAUUGGAGUCGUCAUCUUUGUCUCGUACUGCUGCUGAAACAACCAACCCCACCAAAGCAGUGCCAACAGCCACCAAUGUGUUGCAAGAUUGGGAGGGGAGGAAGAAAGUGUUGAAGCAGCUCUACGAGAAGCAAAAGAGUCAAGGGGGCAUCAUCGAUCUCACUGAACAGAAAAAGAUGCUCGUUAUUUCUAGUCCAGGAGGGCCAGAGGAUGAGAGUCAAAGUCCAGGAGUAGGAGGAGGAACAAGCAAUAAUGGGACAAAUUCAGCUGCAGGGAAUUAUUCCACACAACAACAACAACAAAGCCAAGAAGAUCAACGAAAUGGACGAGGUCAAAAGUUGAAAAGCCGUGUGCCAACAUCUUCUACGGUGACGACAACUGUUCAGAAUCACGGCCAUAAAGACCGAGCACAGCCCUGUUGUGAACAUCUCACGACAUCGGGUGGCUCCAGAAAACCACCAACUGCCAACAAACAAAGCGAUUGCCAAACAGGUCGACGGUCCGGGAGGGAUCCGGACGAUGAUGAAUUUCAAGAGUCAAGACAUCAAAACAGUCGCAAUCGUCGUUAUAACAAUCGACGCCGCAAUAAGUGACACUUACUUAAAUUUUGUACUUUUUAUGUUUCACAUCACCUUACUAUGCAUUACUCGUGUCCGAAUGUCGUUCUUGUCGCUUGUUAUUUUUAUGAGAAAAAAAUAUUAUUGCCAUGCAGCAAGCAAUGUAGUAGUAGUAGUAAAAGUCUUUCGCCGCCAAUGAUGAUGUCGUCAUAUUUCGUUAAUCGCAGCUCACUCUUUCUAUUGAUUUUUUCAAUAUGUGAUAUAUCAAAAGCACGUUUGAAACUACAAUUUAAUGUACUCAUUGUCAGUAGUUUAAGUCGUAAAGUCGUAACUGUACAAUUAAUACCAUUAUUAAUUGCAAUGAAAUAAUAAUAAUGAUGCAAUCAUACUAAAAAAACAACAGCGGCAUCCUCUGAUGUCGCGGCAUUAAAACACAA